CCUCUCACCUCAUACGCGACACCGCCAGAAUGAUCAUCAGUCAUUGUCAUACACAGAUGUGGCUGUUGGUAGUAGCAGUAGCAGUAUCACUGGGGGUGUCAGGGUCAGAGACCUCACACCGAUCCGAGGCCCAGUCCCAGACCCUCCAGGCCCUCCACUGUCCGCCCUGUGAGAGGAUCCACUGCAUCCACCGCCGGACCCUGAAGCUCCAGUGUAAAGGCGGCCUGACCACUGGUGUCUGUGGCUGCUGCCCAGUUUGUGCCAGGACGGCUGGGGAGAGCUGUGGUGGGACCUGGGACUACCUGGGCAAGUGUGACGAGGGGCUGGUGUGUGUCUACCAGGAGUCUGUCUCGGCUGCUGAGGGAAUACCAGACGUAGAGGAACGUAAAUAUAUUUGUAAAGCAGUGCUGGAGACCCUGGAUGUGGAGUCCUGUCGCCCAGAAUGCACCUGGGAGUACUGCCAGGCCAAUCCUAAUGAGGUGUGCUCUGCCAGGUCAGUGUCCCUGGAGAAGCAGGAGUGUCAUGGUACCUGCCAGCACACGUCAUGCUCCAGCUGUCUGGUCUUGAGACCCCCAUCCUCAGCCUCCUGCCCACAGACCUGUGCCCCCUCAGACCCCACCUGCCUGCACCGCUUUGGGAGGUGUGUUCACAACCACCUAGCCGAGCCCCACCGUCACCACCACCACCCCAUCUGCCACCACAACCUACAGAGUAAUGCGGAGGGGUAUUUUGUGUGCUUGAUGCCUGGAUGUCUAAACUGAUGCUUUGAGAAGAAACUCCUGACUAAAAUGUUCACUGAUACAGUGUGUUACAGAUACGGAAUGGCAGCUAUUUUCAAAUACAUUAUUUGAA